AUGAGUGAAGAAUACGUUAUUAAACCAGAAAACGUUACUCCAUCUGCUGAUAGCAGUAGCUGGCCGUUAUUAUUAAAAAAUUACGAUAAGUUACUAGUUAGAAGCGGACAUUACACUCCUAUUCCAACAGGUUCUUCUCCAUUAAAAAGGGACAUCAAGUCCUACAUUAGCUCCGGUGUUAUUAAUUUAGAUAAACCAUCCAACCCAUCUUCUCAUGAAGUUGUUGCUUGGAUUAAAAGAAUCUUGCGUUGUGAUAAAACUGGUCAUUCAGGUACUUUGGAUCCAAAAGUUACUGGUUGUUUGAUCGUUUGUAUUGAUAGGGCUACUAGAUUGGUUAAAUCCCAACAAGGAGCCGGUAAGGAGUAUGUUUGUAUUGCCAGAUUGCAUGAUGCCUUAAAAGACGAAAAGGAUUUGGGUAGGGCUUUAGAAAACUUAACUGGUGCUUUGUUUCAAAGACCACCUUUAAUCUCUGCUGUUAAGCGUCAGUUACGUGUUCGUACGAUUUAUGAUUCUAACUUGAUCGAAUUUGACAAUAAAAGAAACUUGGGUGUCUUUUGGGCCUCUUGUGAGGCUGGUACCUAUAUGAGAACAUUGUGUGUUCACUUGGGUAUGUUGCUGGGUGUUGGUGGCCAUAUGCAAGAAUUACGUCGUGUUAGAUCUGGGGCUUUGUCCGAGAAUGAUAAUAUGGUUACUUUGCAUGAUGUUUUGGAUGCGCAAUGGGUUUACGAUAACACAAGAGAUGAAACUUAUUUGAGAAAUAUUAUUCAGCCAUUGGAAACUCUAUUGCUUGGUUACAAGAGAAUUGUUGUUAAGGAUUCUGCUGUCAAUGCUGUUUGUUACGGUGCUAAAUUGAUGAUCCCCGGUUUAUUGCGUUAUGAGGACGGCAUUGAAUUAUAUGAUGAAGUCGUGUUAAUGACUACAAAGGGUGAAGCCAUUGCUGUUGGUAUUGCACAAAUGUCUACUGUUGAUUUGGCUACCUGUGAUCAUGGUGUUGUUGCUAAAGUUAAGAGGUGUAUUAUGGAAAGAGAUUUGUACCCAAGAAGAUGGGGUUUGGGUCCUGUUGCCCAAAAGAAGAAGCAGAUGAAGUCUGAUGGUAAGCUUGAUAAAUUUGGUAGAGUCAAUGAAAAAACACCAGAAGAUUGGAAGAAGUCCUAUGUGUCCUUGGAUAAUGUUGACUCGCCUGUUUUAGAAACAAAGAAGGAGGAAAAGAAGGAAGAAAAGAAGACAGAAGAGAAGGAAGAAAAGAAAACAGAAGAAAAGGAAGAAAAGAAGGCAGAAAAGAAGACAGAAAAGAAGGAGGAAGAGAAGGAAGAAGGAAAGAAAGAUAAAAAGGAAAAGAAGGACAAAAAAGAUAAAAAGGAAAAGAAGGACAAAAAAGACAAAAAGGAAAAGAAAAGAAAAGCUGAAGAUGAAAAGACCAGCGAAAAGAAGAAGAAGAAAUCCAAGAAAUAA